AUGUAUCCUUUGACUCUCUUACGGAUAUCAAGAAACAAAAUCAUAGAGCUGGAACUAAAGAAUGACGACAACCUACGAGGCCUGCUCGACAAAUGCGACAUGUCGAUGAACCUACACCUCAGAAGCGUCACAGUCGAGAAAGCAGACGGAAGCUCCGUGUUCAUCAACGAAUGCUAUCUAAAGGGAUCAUCGAUCAAGCUCGUCAAGCUGGAGUCAAGGAUCUUGCUACAGCAAAGGGACGAUUAG